AUGACAAUAUUCCAAUGUAUAACAAUUUUCCCACUGUUGCUAAUAAUAUCCAGGCUUUUUAGCCUAACAUAUGCUCAACCUUACGAGGCAUAUCCAAUUAACAAACAAUAUCCUCCAGUGGCAAGGAUCGAUGAGUCGUUUUCUUUCCAGUUAUCGAACACGACGUAUCAAUCAUCCAAUAAUAAAUAUUCACAAAUAACGUAUCAAGUAUUCGACCUUCCCGAAUGGUUAACUUUCGAUACACAAUCAAGAACUAUAUCAGGAAGUCCAUCUGCCGCCCUCCUUGAUGAUGAUACUGAAACCGAUUAUUUUAAUUUCAUACUUCAAGGUUUCGAUGAAACAGACAAUUCAUACCUAAAUAAUACUUAUCAGUUGGCCGUAACGAAAAAAUCAAGUCUUCAAUUAGCUAAUGAUUUUAAUCUAUUAGCUCUAUUGAAAAAUUAUGGUAAUACUAACGGUAAGGAAGGUCUUAUCUUGGCGCCUAACCAAGUGUUUAAUGUCACUUUCGAUCGUUCGGCAUUCGUUAACCAAAGCUCCAUAAAAGCAUUUUAUGGUCGUUCUGAACAGUAUAAUGCUCCUUUACCCAAUUGGUUAUUUUUUGACUCCAGUGACUUAAGAUUCAGUGGGACUGCUCCAGUCGUGAAUUCCGCCAUCGCUCCUGAAUUCUCAUAUGGACUAGUAUUAAUCGCAACUGAUAUUGAAGGUUAUUCUGGUAUUGAAGUACCUUUCAAUUUAAUCGUGGGAGCUCAUCAAUUGACAACCUCUAUUCAAAACUCAAUGAUAAUUAAUGUCACUGAUUCAGGAGAUUUCAACUAUGAUAUUCCAUUAAAUUAUGUCUUCUUAGAUAAUAAUGAGAUUACUAUGGGUAAUUUAAGUACUCCAACCCUAGUGAAUGCACCAGACUGGGUACAAUUAAAUAAUUUCACCUUAUCAGGAAGUUUACCUAGCGACACUUCCUCCUCUAGUGCAAAUAACUUCUCUGUCGCCAUAUAUGACAUCUAUGAUGAUGUCAUCUACUUGAAUUUUGAUGUUGUUUCCACAACAAACCUUUUUGCCGUUUCUUCAUUGCCAAAUAUUAAUGCAACAAGGAAUGAAUGGUUUCAAUAUAGCUUUCUACCAUCUCAAUUUACAGAUCCAUCAAAUACAAAUAUUUCAGUAUUUUACACAAAUUCAUCACAAUCUCAUGAUUGGCUAUCAUUUCAUUCCUCCAACCUAACUUUAAUUGGACAAGUACCAAAUGAUUUUGACUACCUAUCAAUUGGACUGAGAGCUCAGGAAAAAUCAUUAUCAGAAGAGUUAUCCUUCAAGAUAAUUGGUAUGGAUUCCAAAUCUAACCAUUCUAAAAACCAUACUUCUUCUUUGAAUGUAACCUCCACUUAUCACCAUUCAAGCACAACUUCUACGUCUCAUGCAUCCUCUACUUCAACUGGAUCUGUUACCAUUACUUCAACCACAGCAAGCUCUUCUUCAAGUGGUGUAGUCACUCCUAUCCAAAAGAAUCAUAAAUCUAACAAUUCAAAAACUGUGGCCAUAGCGUGUGGUGUAGCCAUCCCAGUUGGGGUGAUAAUCAUCAUUGCUAUCCUAUUAUUCAUGUUCUGGAAACGUAAACAAAAUAACAAAUCACAAGUCCCAGAUGAAGAAAUGGUAAGAAAUAUAAGCAAACCAGAUGUCAAUAAUCCAGCAAAUGAUCCUAAACAAGCGGUUACUUCAUUACAAAACCCAUUCGAUGAUGAUUCUCAAAAUUCUCAGUUGGCCAAGAGGUUAACCGCGUUAAAUGAGAUGAAACUGGAUCAAAGUUCAUUAACUGACUCUGAAAAUUCUACCAUUGAUGACGAGAAAAAUGAUACCAAUGGACUUUAUGCUGAUCCAUUCCAUUCCCAAAGUGAUGAACUGUUAUUAAAGGAUGAAAGCCAAAAUGCAAUUUUCAAUCCAACAAGGCCCACAUCUUCAUUUUACAUGGAUUCUCAACCUGCUACAAUGAAAUCAUGGAAGAAUAAUAGUUUCAAUCCAAGCAAAUAUAAUAGAGAUAGCUCCAUGUCGUUAAACACUGUGACAACGGCAGAUUUGAUGAAUACUGAGAUAAAGGAGGAUGACAUAAUACCGAAAGACCCAAGGAAAUCAAGUUUGGGUUUAAGGGACUCAGUAUUUUGGAAUAAAUCACAAAGGAAUUCUGAUUCUUCAAAAAGCAACACAAAGCAAGCACUUGAACCUGUAGCUGAAUUUUCUGAUAACAAAAACGAUAAUAAUACCCCAACAUCUAUGUCAACUUCUUCAAGUGAUGAUUUUUUACCUGUAAAGAACGGAGAUAAUUUCGAUUGGGUUCGUACCAAUGAUGUAAACAGAAAACCAAGCAAAAAGAGAUUAGUAAACUUCUCAAACAAGGGCGAAGUUGAUGUUGGAGAAGCUCAGCAAGUAGAUGGACACAUUCCUGAAGAAAUAUAG